UGAGAGGAGCGCGCGGCCGCGAGCGACCAAGGAGGGAAAGGGAGGAAGCGAGGGAAGAGGGCGUGCGGCCGUGGGGUCCGGGAGCCGGGCGGCAGCAGGGCGCCAGGGCCGUCGGGUGGGCUGAGGAGAAGCGUGCAUCGGGCGGCCGGCGCUGGCUCCCGCGGGCGGAAGACCGGAGCGGAGGAGGGGGAUCGCUGCGGCGCGGCAGUCCGCGCAGCUCCCGGGUCGGGGUCUCCUCCCGGCGCCUCGGUCGCCCGCGGGGCCCCGCUCCCCGCCCCCCGCGGUAUGUCUUGAUCUCGAGCAGCGGGUUUCAUGGGGCUCCUCAGGAUUAUGAUGCCGCCCAAGUUGCAGCUGCUGGCGGUGGUGGCCUUCGCGGUGGCGAUGCUCUUCUUGGAGAACCAGAUCCAGAAGCUGGAGGAGUCCCGGGCGAAGCUAGAAAGGGCAAUCGCAAGACAUGAAGUCCGGGAAAUUGAGCAGCGGCAUACAAUGGAUGGCCCUCGGCAAGAUGCAGCUUUCGAUGAAGAAGAUGAUAUAGUCAUCAUUUAUAACAGAGUCCCCAAGACUGCGAGCACCUCCUUUACCAACAUCGCCUAUGACUUGUGUGCGAAGAACAGAUACCAUGUUCUCCACAUCAACACUACCAAAAACAACCCAGUCAUGUCAUUGCAGGAUCAGGUACGCUUUGUAAAGAAUAUUACCACCUGGAACGAGAUGAAGCCAGGGUUUUAUCAUGGACACAUUUCUUAUUUGGAUUUUGCAAAAUUCGGUGUGAAGAAGAAGCCCAUUUAUAUUAAUGUCAUCAGGGACCCUAUCGAGAGGCUAGUUUCCUACUAUUACUUUCUGAGGUUUGGCGAUGAUUACAGACCAGGAUUAAGGAGACGGAAACAAGGAGACAAAAAGACCUUUGAUGAAUGUGUGGCUGAGGGCGGCUCAGACUGUGCUCCUGAGAAGCUCUGGCUUCAGAUCCCAUUCUUCUGUGGCCACAGCUCAGAGUGCUGGAACGUGGGAAGCAGAUGGGCUAUGGAUCAAGCUAAGUAUAACCUAGUUAAUGAGUACUUCCUGGUGGGAGUGACUGAAGAGCUGGAGGACUUCAUCAUGUUACUCGAGGCCGCUUUGCCCCGGUUUUUCCGGGGUGCUACAGACCUCUAUCGUACAGUAGGAAAGAAAUCCCACCUUAGGAAAACCACAGAGAAGAAACUGCCCACCAAGCAAACCAUCGCAAAGCUGCAGCAGUCUGACAUCUGGAAAAUGGAAAACGAGUUCUAUGAGUUUGCCCUGGAGCAGUUCCAGUUCAUCAGAGCCCACGCCGUCCGUGAGAAAGAUGGAGACCUCUAUAUCCUGACACAGAACUUUUUCUAUGAAAAGAUUUACCCGAAGUCGAACUGAGUACAGUGUGGCCAAAGCAGUCUUGAACUGAACUGGGCUCCGUCGUCACCUUGUCCUCAGCUCCCCACCUGCUUUGCUGAUAACGUGUCCGAGCCCGUUCUCGUUGGGCUGAGCUAGGGAACAGACAUGAAUGUCAAGAAACUAGAUGCUGAAUGGGAUGUCAGUGUUCUAAGGAGUUUUUAAGUGUAAGGCAUUGAUACUUUCUUGUUAUUUUGUUUUUAUUUCCGUGAUAAUUAUAAUCUCCUCCAGGUGAGGGAGAUCUCACAUCAGCUAAAAUACACCCAUGCAAGUUGAAUCAGGAGGCUGAAUACCAUUUCAGAAGAGGUUCUAUGAUUCUCUUGCUUUUGAUAAAGCCUUUUUGCACCUCUCUUUGGAUGAAGAUGAAUCUGUUUGCCACUUCACCUUCUAGAGGUUUCUGUUGCACACCUCUGCUGGAUAGUGCUAAUAACUUUGCCGUUAUCUGAUUUGUUUCUGUGAAUUGGGUCUCACAAAGUUUAUUGGAGUGUUUGAUCAUGGUUUCUCAGAACUAUUUCUGCUGUAGUUGGGUUUUCCCAUAUUCAUGUAGGCUUUAUAUUUUGGAUGAUCAUUAGUGUUAAAGAAAUCAACUUAAAACCAUGAAUAACACUGUAAAAAAAAAAAGACAAUGCUAAAGCAGUAUUCCUGAUGCCUGUCUCCCCAGUAUCUAAUAUUGGGGUGCGAUUUCUGAGAAUGUUGGCAUUAUCUGAAGCUUUCUUAGGGAUUUCCACAUAUUACUAUCAAAAAGUGAGUUUAGUAUUUUUUUCUCCAUGAAUUGUCUGUAACCCAGUACACUGAAGUGUCGGUGAUCCCAUAUGGUGUGCGAUCUGUCGGUGAGCUGUGAUACGGUAGGAUUUUCCUACUUCUGGACUUUUACCUGUAGACUAUUUUUACUACGGUGCUUUAUAAUGUGUUUUAAAGCAUUGCAUUUACAAAAGAAAAAAAGGAAAAUGCUGUAAAUAUUGCAUAUUUUAUGUAUUUGGACCAAAAAGUUACAAGUAAGUAGACAGAAGUGGUUUUGCACCAAUUUUAUUAUGUCGAGUAAAGUCAUCAGACCUGCUAUUCUUGUAUUUCUCAUUUAACUAACGUAGCCUUCCAAUUUUGAUAGAGAACAUUACUCACCCCGAGGCAGUAGCUGUAAUGAAAGAGUACUAGACAGCCUAAGCAUUUCAUCACUGGUUCCUGCUCUGUGUCUUCUAGCUGUGUGGUGUUAGGCAAGUCACUUGGCCUCUCUCGGCUCAGUUUCCUUAUCUUGAGAUUAGGGUACUAGCUGCUGUGUCUACCUCACAGGGCUGUUGUGAGGACCACGCUGGCCUGGUGAGAGCACUUGGGAGCUGUCCAGUGCUGUUUGAAUGGAACUAUCUCUAGCAUAUAGUUUCGUACUUUCCAUUCUUUUAACAACGAAAACUUUUAAGCUUUAUGAGAAAAAACCCCUUUAUCUUGGUAUGUUUGUGUUUGAUAACUACCCUCUCUGUGUUUAUCCUCUGUGCUUCGGCAACUAUUGAAAUGUGAGACACCUGUGAACUCCAGCGACUCAGGACCUUUCUCUUUCUCAGCUGACGAGGAGCACGAAACUCUUCCUCAAACUCGAAAGACGUCCCUGUUUUCAUUUGACCUUGUCAAAAAUGGUGGCUGUUUUACACCUACGGUUUCUAAAGUAUGCUUUGUAGAGUUAAAAUUUCCAUAUUAAUUCUUCACCUUCUCCCUCUGCAGAUUCAGAAUUCAGAGUCCUCUCAGCCCGGCUUUUCUAAAGGGGAGUACCUACUUACAUGUUUAACUUUCCUGCACAGCACCUCAUCAAACAAAGCAUUUUCAACAGAAGGCUUUAAAGGUUAUUUAUUGUUUAAUAAGAGGGGCAAAAAGCACUGCAUCAGAAAGCACUUAUAAAGACUAAAGGAAUGACGGUGUCGCCCUGCCCACCAACACGAAAAUGUUCAGAGAACAUAGCAGCAUUUUUUCCUUUCCUCCCUACCCCUCCUUCCCAGCGAAAGUUUCCAAGUAGCUGCUAAAAACAAAGUUUUUUUAAUUUUGUUUUUUCUUUUCUCCCCCCCCCCCUCAAAGCUAAAGAACUAUUUUCAGGUAUACAUUUGGCUGUUGAGUAAAUCUGAGGUUAUUCUUGGGAGUCGUAGCAAAAGUCUUUUAGGUAAUUAGGGUAACACGUAGUAAACUAGCCGGGGCGUCCCAGAAGCUGUUCUCGUAAAAGACUAGAGGAAAUACUCAUCUGUCGCAACCUCAGCUCUCAGUGUUGCAGGGAAACUUCACAAACAAUAUAGAGACCGAUGACCAUGGCUAUGGCCCAGUUAAACUUUCGUUUACAAAACAGACAGCACAGCCGGGGAUGGUGGCGCACGCCUUUAAUCCCAGCACUUGGGAGGCAGAGGCAGGCGGAUCUCUGUGAGUUCAAGACCAGGCUGGUCUACAGAGCUAGUUCCAGGACAGGCUCCAAAGCCACAGAGAAACCCUGUCUCGAAAAACAAAAACCAGACAGCGUGAGUGUGGACAUGAGCUUCAGGCCCCUGUGCUGUGAGAAGUCACAUAGGGAAGCCGUGGCUGUGUCUGACCCAAAUUCCCAGUGAGUUUCUCUACCACCCAGAGCUCCCAGAUUCCGACCCGAGAACUGCGUUCUGCCUCAGUGUCACCUGUGGGUCCUUCCAUUUUAUGUCCAUCGCUUCCAGGUGACCGCGUUUUCCUAAUUUACCGGUUCAAAAUUGGGACAUUUCUUUUAUCUCUUUUUGGAGUGAAUGGGUUCAGAGUAUCCUUUCCAAGGACUGGGAAAAGGUGGAUUUGCUUCUGUUUGAUUCAGUUUAAUCCUAGGAGUCUGAGUCCUUAGAGUAUAUAACUUUAUAAUCAAAUAAAUAGAACCUCUGAAUCGAUGUGUAUUUUUUAAACGUGGCAAAUGUGCUUUUCCUUUUUUUAGCCUUUGUGUUUUUUUCAGUAAUUUGACCAUAGGGAGAUUGUUUUUAUAUGACAGUAAAACAAACUAACAAAUUUGAAUUUUGAAGAUAAUGUAUAUGUGUACAUGUAUCUAUAUAUCUAUGUUUAUUUCCUACAAGACAAGGGGUAGCUUUGUGUUCAACUUGUACCAACUGUUUUCUUAUUGCUGUGAAAUGGCAGCUGUUGAUAAAUCAUUGUGUUUUAAAAUGUUGUGGGAGGAUAUAUUUGGUUUUUACCGGCUUUAUUCUGUAAAGUGUCACUUAAAUAUAUCUGAUAGCAACACUUGAAG